UAUAAGUAGACCUCCAAAACUAAGAGCAAUGUCACACAAUAGUCAAUAAUACAUUAUACAUCCACCAAUAAAUAAGAUUAAACUACAUAUACAUAGACACAUAAUGUCCGAAGUGAAGUUGUUUGGAGCUUGGUUUAGUCCUUAUGUGAGGAGAGUGGAAAUGGCCCUCAAUUUGAAAGGUGUGAUAUAUGAAUAUAUCGAAGAAGAUCUCAAAAACAAAUCUCCUCUUUUUCUACAAUACAAUCCAGUUACCAAGCUAGUGCCUGUUUUAGUUCACAAUGGCAAACCUAUUUUUGAGUCCAAUGUGAUUCUUGAAUACAUCGAUGAGAUGUGGGAAGGUCCUUCGAUUCUGCCCAAAGAUCCCUACCAGCGUGCCAUGUCGCGUUUCUGGGCUAAGUUCGUCCAAGAUAAGUGCUCGGAGCCGUUGUGGAAGGCGUGUUGGAGCGCAGGAGAGGAGAGGGAGAAGGCGAAGAAGGAAGCCGAAGAAGCACUGAAGAUUCUAGAGAAUGAAAUCAAGGGCAAGAAAUUCUUCGGAGGUGACAACAUUGGAUUAGUAGAUUAUGUUGCCAAUUUUAUUGCAUUUUGGAUUCCAAUUCUCCAAGAUGUGGUUGGAUUCCACAUUUUGACACAAGAUAAAUAUCCAAAUAUAUGGAAAUGGAGUGAUGAAUUGUGCAACAACAGCUUUGUUAAGAAAAAUCUGCCUGAGAAGGAGAAAGUGAGUUCUGCAUUGAAGAUGGCUUUUCAGACAGGGAAUCUCUACUAAGUACUAACACAACAGCUUCAAUGUGUAUUAUUUGUGUUUGUCUGUUUGACUAAGAUAUUAUGUGGAGUUCAGAGUUUGUUAUUUUAAAUUACGUAUGUUUCUGAGAUGUUUCUUUGGUCAGGUAUUGUAUUCAAACUUAUGUUGAAAAUUAUAUUCGAUAUUUGUUUAUUA